AUGUGCAGAAUGGCCGACCAGGCAAGUUGUAUUCCCCGGUCUGGUGGCUUUGUGGAGGACCACUUCAGAGAUGCGAGCUGCUUGCGACAAGCAAGUCACUGCUUGCAGGAGGUCUUUACUGCAACAGCUGACACCGGCGGAAGCCAGGUGUUGGUGCACGUCUACGAGCUCGUGGAGUUCGUCCGGCUCAAUCAGAUCUUGGCGUCCGAGCUGAUGCCCAUCGGAGGCGCUCUCCAUGCGGGUGUCGAGGUGUACGGCCGAGAGUGGAGCUUUGGAGGUGCUCCAGGCCGGCGAACUGGCGUGGUCUGUGAGGUGCCGCGAACGAAUCGCAAGCACAGGUUUCGUGAAACGAUUUCACUGGGAACCACGCGGCUCAGUGCAUCAGAGGUCGCCCUUGUGAUCGGAGACCUGAUUGAGAGAUGGCUGGGUGAGGACUACCACUGGCUCCACAGAAACUGCUUGCACUUCGCCAAUGAGUUCUGUCGCAAGUUAGGUGUUGGAAGCAUCCCUGCAUGGAUUGAUCGGCUGCCGCGUGGAGUUUGCGCACUUGAUGUAGGUGUGCGGAACUUAGCGGAGACGGUGAAAGGCCUCGCGGAUGGCACACGUGCAGCAGCUCAUGCGAUUGCAGAAGGGCAGCUGGACUGUGUCCGAUGCCGGCCAGUAUGUUCCUUCGACCCAUCUUGUACUACGACGCAACACGUCAACGUGGGCAGCUUCAUGGUUACCGCAGUGCCUACCUCGCAUGGAUCCGCGUUUGCGGCUCCGCAAGGUCUCAAUGGUGGUCGGGCACGUGGUCGCCUAGAAGUAGAGAAGUGCUCCCUGGAUGAUUUUGUUGCAGCUGUGAGCUCCUAG